UGGGAUGCCCUAGGGGUCGGCUGUGUUACACUGGGAGAGGGCCAACCCCAUGGCGAAACUACUGCGAGCGAGUCUCCUAGAAAAGAAGUACCAGACCAACUUGUCCCUGAGGCCCCAACAUUUGGGGCUAAGACAACAUGUGAGGAUAAUUCCAUAAUGGCCUCCGGUCUUCUCUUGAACUUGAGUGAUCCCUCCAGUAAACAAAGCACCAGAUUUUCAUCCAGAGCAGGAAAUAUCUCCAAACCAGAAGGACAAGAUGUUCCUUCAGGAGUUCCAGGGAUCUCUAAGAUGAAGGCUCAGACUGGCAGGAAGAAAGGCGUUCGGACUCGAAGAGGCCCGAAGAAGGGUGGAGUGGGGGCUAAGGGCGACCACCCAUCCACCUUACAGCCUGCCAACCCUCCGUCAGGGACCCUAGGACCUGCUCCUCUGGAUCAAUCUGCUCCUCCACCUACUACUAUCCCUAAGAAGCGAGGCCGAAAGUCAAAAGCUGAGCUGCUGUUGAUGAAAUUGUCAAAGGGACUAGAGCAGCCUGAAAACCCACCUUCACAAAGUCCCUCUGAUAACCCUGAGGCUGCACAGGGGCACGACCCCCGGCCGUCGGGCCUGCCAGAGGCCCUUCUGUAUCUUCAGGAAUUAGCUGAAGAGCUCUCAUCAGCAUUACCUGCCCCAGUAUCUUGUCCUGAGAACACUGAGAUGGGUAACCCACCUAAACGGGGCCAGAGCCGUCGGCGAGCAGCCUGGCAUGGAGAAGAGGAAGAAGAUGCAGACUUUGUACUUCAGGCUGAGAUAGAAGAAGGGGAGGAAGAAAGCGAAGGCCCGAGUGAGAGCUCAUCUGACUUGGAGCUUACAGCACUUCGGGGGAGUGGCCUUCGUGGGGCUGCCUCAGGGAAACAGAAACAACAAUGCCGGGGACUGGCUCCCAAUGGCUUCCCAAUUCUAUCAUGGCCUCCUGUUUGGAAAAGCCUCAACCUCACCAAGACCCUCCAUGGUCCACGAAGAAGUGAAGAAAAGCUAACACUUCGUGAGGUUAUAAUGACAACAGUGACUGAAAGGCGAAGGCUCUGGACCUUGGUUCUUACCCUUUCUUCUCUUGGUAACUCUUUCUCUGUCCUCUUAGUCGAGAAUCGAGCCCAUUCACACUGGGAGUUUCCUGAAUGGAUCCCUUCAGCCUCGAAGUGGCACUUACUAUCUGAAAGUGAAGCAGCUUCAUAUUUGCCUCAGGAGCUGAGGUCUCCUCUUUUCUCUGUGCAGCGGGAAGGUCUUCCUGAGGACAGCACUCUCUAUAGGAUAAAUAGGUUUAGUUCACUAGCGCCACAUCCAGAGCGAUGGGAUGUGUCCUUCUUCACAGGGGGACCACUCUGGGCACUAGAAUGGUGCCCAGUACCUGAAGGUGCUGUUGCUUCCCAGUAUGUGCACUGUUCUGCAGCCCCAGCAUGAAUGAAACCCCAUUCACUGAGCCGGCCUUAUGAAGGCCCGGUUCUACAGCUUUGGAACCUUGGGACACUGCAGCAAGAAAGCUGUCCAAACAAUAAGGCCUUCCUUGCCUAUGGGAUUGCUUGUGAUCAUGGGUGCAUCUGGGACCUCAAGUUCUGCCCUAGUGGAGCUGGGAGUUGCCCCAGCACUUCAAGAAAGGCUCCUUUCCUGCCCCCGGGUCUCCUGGCUCUGGCCUGUUCAGAUGGGAAGGUGCUACUGCUUAGUCUGCCCCACCCUGAGGAACUUCUGGCCCUUCAGCCUCAAGAUGCCCUCAAGCCUCCUAUCUAUAAGGUACAGUGUGUGGCCUCUCUUCAGGUGGGCUCAGUACAAGCAGGGGAACCCUCUAAAUGUGGUCAGUGUUUUACCUUGCCUGGAGUGCCAACUCAGCCCCAUCAGCAUCUGGCAGCUGGGUUCUAUGAUGGCACAAUAGCAAUCUGGAACCUGCCUACUACAUCACUGUUGCAGCGUGUUCGACUCCCAGAUGGCUCCUUGAAACUCUAUCCAUUUCACUGCCUUCCAGCCCAUGAUCAGGCCGUGCGUUGCCUUCAGUGGUGCAAAGCAAAUAGUAACUUUCUAGUCUCUGCUGGAAGUGACCGGAAGAUAAAAUUCUGGGACUUACGAAGACCCUAUGAGCCUAUCAACUGUAUCAAACGUUUCUUAAGCACAGAGUUGGCAUGGCUGCUCCCUUACAGUGGAGUUACUGUGGCCCAGGACAACUGCUAUGCCUCUUAUGGGCUUUGUGGGAUUCACUACAUUGAUGCUGGUUUCCUUGGUUUCAAGGCCUAUUUCACAGCCCCUCGAAAAGGCACUGUCUGGAGUCUGUCGGGCUCAGACUGGCUUGGGGCAGUAGCUGCAGGGGAUAUGUCAGGGGAGCUCAUUGCUGCUGUGCUGCCUGACAUGGCCCUCAACCCGAUGAAUGUCAAACGUCCAGCUGAGCGCAGAUUUCCCAUAUACAAGGCAGAUCUGCUGCCCUACUGGGAGGGUUCUGAAAACCAAGAUCACCAUGCUGCCUCACCUUUGGUCCCUGGACCUCCCAAGGCCAGAACUUAUGCUGAAACAGUUGAACAUCACUACCUGGUCUUCAGAGACACAGACCUGCGUGGAUUCCAAGAUUUGCUUCAAAGGGAACCAGUGCUUCGAAUGCAAGAAGGAGAGGGACGCUCUCAGCUGUGUCUGGAUAGGCUACAGUUGGAGGCUGUUCACAAGGUACGUUUCAGCCCAAACUUGGACUCUUAUGGUUGGUUGGUUUCUGGAGGCCAGUCAGGACUGGUGAGGGUACAUUGUGUUCGUGGCCUUACCUCCCCUUGGGCCACCGGAUGCAGCUUGAGAGCAGAGCCCCACUUCAACGCAAUGUUCCAGCCACCCUCCCCACCUCAGGGGCCCAGCUUUCCCCCAACCAACUACCACCUGCUGCCCAACCCAUAGGUUUGUUGAACAUGGAGCCAUGGGGAUUCAGGAUUCCUUGGUCCUGAUGCUACUUAGUAGCUAUAUGACAUUUAACAGCUCUGAGGCCAACAAAAUGGAAACUUCCCCAAAUUGCGAAUCUACCCAAGUCUCACAUCUUCAGAAUGGUACAGUAGAAUUUAUAGUCAGAGGACCUCGGUUGGAAUCCUGGUUCAUCCAGUUAUGGGCCUCAGUUUGCUCAUCUAUAAAAUGAAGGAGUCGGAUCAGACCAUGUGUUCCUUCCAGCCCUAAAUCUACAAUCCUGUUAGGCUGUGAGGUACUGAAUCCUCAGGACUCUACAGACUGAUCCUGUUUCUCCAUAAUCAUUGCCCCCCCCUGCUGGCAGGGGGUGUCCAGAUGUAACUCUAGUCUCCUCAGCAAACGCCAUAGAAGCAGCCCUAUGCCAGGACAUUGGGGUUGGGGGUCAAACUGCUCAUAUUGAGCCUGUUGUACUUGGAGGCAGAACUGAGUAAAGGUGCUGAGUGUUUUGGACACCA